AUGCAGGUGAAGAAGCACCGGGACUCGGACCGGAGCGGCGGGAACAUGCUGGAAGGAGACGGCCUCCGGAAAAACUCCUCCUGCUUCUCAAAUAUCAAGAUAUUCUUGAUAUCGGAAUGCGCCCUCAUGUUGGCACAGGGCACCGUCGGAGCAUACCUGGUGAGUGUGCUGACCACCCUGGAGCGGCGAUUCAACCUGCAAAGUGCUGACGUAGGAGUGAUAGCCAGCAGCUUCGAGAUAGGCAACCUGGCACUGAUCCUGUUUGUCAGCUACUUUGGGGCCAAAGCACAUCGACCCCGUCUGAUUGGCUGCGGGGGCAUCGUCAUGGCGCUUGGCGCCCUUCUAUCAGCUCUUCCUGAGUUUCUGACUAAACAGUAUGAAAUAGGGGAUACGUGGAGGACUGACUUAGGUCGGGAUGCUUGCUCCAACACCACCACCAACGAGGCGGAGGACAAUGUGUGCGCCAACAAGGCCAACACUAACAUGAUGUACCUGCUGCUGAUCGGAGCCCAGGUCCUGCUGGGGAUAGGAGCCACGCCGGUGCAGCCCCUGGGGGUGUCCUACAUUGAUGAUCACGUGAAGAAGAAAGACUCUUCACUCUAUAUAGGAAUCCUCUUCUCCACUCUGGUGUUCGGGCCUGCCUGCGGCUUCAUCCUCGGCUCCCUCUGCACUAAGUUCUACGUGGACGCCAUCUUCAUCGACGCCAGUAAGCUGCCCAUCACUCCAGACGACCCGCGGUGGAUCGGCGCCUGGUGGGCCGGCUUCCUCCUGUGCGGUGCCUUACUCUUCUGCUCGGCUCUCUUCAUGUUCGGCUUCCCUCAGUCGCUGCCGACCAAGGAGAGAGAGGAGGGGGUGGACAGCGAGCAGGUUAUGCUUCCUCCCUCUCUCAGUUCAGAUUAUGAGACUCCUAAGUCGAGUAAUGGGGUCGUACGCAACCACGAGGCUGCCAACGGCGCCACCUGCUGUCAGCAGCUCAGGGUGAUCCCCAAAGUGACCAAGCACCUCCUGUCGAACCCCGUGUUCACCUGCAUCAUCCUGGCAGCCUGCAUGGAGAUCGCAGUCGUGGCUGGCUUCGCAGCCUUUCUGGGGAAAUACCUUGAGCAGCAGUUCAACCUCACCACCACCUCUGCUAACCAGCUGCUAGGUAUGACCGCCAUUCCAUGUGCGUGUCUGGGGAUCUUCAUGGGCGGUCUGCUGGUGAAGAAGCUGAACCUGUCGGCACUGGGAGCCAUCCGCAUGGCCAUGCUGGUCAACCUGAUCUCCACCGCCUGCUACGUCUCCUUCCUGUUCCUGGGCUGUGACACGGGCCCGGUGGCAGGAGUGACUGUCAGUUAUGGCAACAGGACCCUGCGAGUGGGCGAGAAACCCGAAGCUCAGUGCAUCAGCCACUGCAACUGCCUCACCUCCUCCAUCAGCCCCGUGUGCGGCUCUAACGGCGUCACCUACCUGUCCGCCUGCUUCGCUGGCUGCACCCGGACGCAAGGCGCUCAGACCACGUCGAGCAUCUCUCAGAACCUGACUGGAUGUGGCUGUAUAUCCGCUGAGAGUGAAUUCGCCACAGCGGUUCCGGGGAAAUGUCCGACACCAGGCUGCCAAGAGGCUUUCCUCAUCUUCCUGUGUGUGAUCUGUGCUUGCAGCCUGGUCGGAGCCAUGGCCCAGACUCCCUCUGUUAUCAUCCUAAUCAGGACUGUGAGCCCUGAACUGAAGUCAUACGCACUCGGAGUGCUGUUCCUGUUGCUACGACUUCUCGGAUUCAUCCCCCCUCCUCUGAUCUUCGGUGCUGGGAUCGACUCUACUUGCCUUUUCUGGAGUGACGACUGCGGCGAUAAGGGUGCUUGCCUGCUGUACGACAACAUCAAAUACAGGCAUCUGUACGUGAGCCUCGCCAUCAUCCUCAAGGGCGUCGCCUUCCUUCUCUACAGCACCACGUGGUACUGCCUACGCAGGAACUACAAGAAGUACAUCAAAGGUCACGAGGGCUACAUGACGCCAGCCGAGUUCUACCCCUCUCUAACAGACGGCCCCAAACUAGUCGACAGGACAAAGUUUAUAUAUAACCUAGAGGACCACGAGUUUUGUGAAAAUAUGGAGUCAGUUUUAUAGCUUAUGCAAGAAAGAAAGGACAAUGUGGACGUUCACAUUCUCCCUAAAGGACUUUUUUUAUGAUUUUAUUCCUCUUUUCUUGAAAAGGAUUAAAUUAAAUUUUUGAUAAAAAGGCAAUCUAUUUAAUGGCCCGGUCAGGUCUCAGGACACGUGGCGUCUCCACUGCGCGCCACGUCCCUCGGUAAACUUUCGAAAAGGGUCCAUUUUUUAGUCGUUUACGUAUCAGCGAGGUGUUUGUCCAGUGAAUUCCUGUGUUGACUUGGUGGUAGACGACGACUACAGUACUGUCGGGCUCAGUCCUAGUUGAUUAUUAGUCGGUGGACACGAUGCUACUACAACUAGAGUUGCCAUAUUGUUUUUAGGGGUCUGCCAUGAUCCCACUGAUCUGUCUGAAGAAUGCAGUCAGCGCACCGUGUGUUCUGUCUGUCACUCGCUCUCAAAAAUGAGAUUUUUACGAGACAAGCUUGGGUGGCUCUUCAGUUAUUCUUUUUUUUUUUUUUUUUAAAGUUGCCAAGUGUUUACAAACUAAUAGUUGAUCAGUUUUAAUGCAUCUGAUUUUUAAUGCAGGAAGGUUUUCUUAUGAAACGAGAACAGAAAACGCCCUCACUGGGUUGUUAUAGUGGCCUAUUAGAUGUUUUAACUUGUCACAAAUCAAGUCUAAUACCUUUUUAAAACAAGCUAGUGUUUUCACGUCACCAUGCACUGUUCAGUUUCUCGUUCUCUUGCUGGAUCACAGGCCCUGGUUUUGAUACUGUAGACUAGACUGUGAAGUCUUGUCUCGUAGGUGCAAUUCACGUCACAUAGGUCCGUGUUUAUUACUAGUUCUGUGUCGGGCUGCAGGUUUGUUUUUCAUUAUAGAAGUUUUUCAUUUCCAUGUUUGUUUGUACAUCUGCAGAGUUUAUUCAGCCUAAUAUGUCUUAAUAAGGGAUUUAUUCAAUGAGAAUGUUAAUUAUAUAUAUUUUUUUCUUCUGACGUUUGCGGCUAGUGGAAAAAAAAGAAGAAAAAACAAGAGAGCUAUUCCUUUGUGUUUGGAAAUUCAAGUAAAAGAGAUGAGGAGUAUUAAUAUAUUUGUUUCAUUAGGCCCAGAAUGUUUAUUAGAUUGUAUUUGAGAGGACAAGUAUAAAUUAAAUAUAAUCUAAUUAAUUGUCAGAGAGGUUUAAGAUGCCACAGAAGAUUUGGGACUAUUCAUAGUGAUGAAAUGUUGCAUUGUUGUGGGGGGAAAAAAAAUAUAAUCAGUACCUUCAAACCUGUAUUAUUUGGGCGAAAAGUUACAGAUAUGCUUCAGGAGGCUGUGUGUGUGUGUGUGUAUGUGUGUGCGAGGUCAAACAAAGCAAAGAGCACACUGAAUUUAUUCCUGGACAUUUGAGCGGUUCUUCAGCCCAGUGCGACCUGUUGCUCUACUGAUCUCAGCAGUUAAAGUUUUGGCAUCGCCCCUUUUCUUACACUUUUUGUAUGGCAACAUAUCAUUUAUUUUACUCUGGAAAUAAAUUAUUUUUCAGAAAAUACA